CCACUAUUGGCUUUAAUCAGAUUAAUGUUCAGCUACAUCCCGUUGACUUUUUUUACUUUUGUCAAAAGUUAAACCCUAGGAAAUCGUAAUCGGUAAUUCACUGAUUCCUCUCUCUUCAACCAUUCAACAACACCAUCAAAUCUAAAAAAUCGAAGGGAAGACACUCGAAAUUGAAGCCUAGGAUUCUACCUACAACUAGAAAUCGAGCAUGGACAGAUAAGGAGUGAAAAACACAGUAUAAGAAGAUGGAGACUAGUAGUGAUAACAAUUUGAAAUCAAAGAGAAUUGUUUUUGUGACUGUUGGCACAACAUCUUUUGAUUCUCUUGUUAGAAGUGUGGAUACUGAACAAGUUAAAGAAGAAUUGUCAAAGAAAGGAUACACUCACCUUGUCAUUCAAAUGGGUCGUGGAUCCUACAUCCCUAAAAAGUCUAGUGGUGAAGAUGGAUCACUGGUUGUUGAUUACUUCACCUUUUCUUCAAGCAUUGCAGACUAUUUAACAUCAGCAUCUCUUGUUAUAAGCCAUGCAGGUUCAGGGAGCAUAUUUGAGACAUUAAGGCUAAGGAAACCAUUAAUAGUGGUAGUGAAUGAAGACCUAAUGGACAAUCAUCAAAGUGAGUUAGCAGAAGAAUUAGCAGAAAGGAAACAUUUAUUUUGUGCUCACCCUCAAACACUCUACCAAGUCAUUCAAUCAUUGGAAUUGGAAUCCAUCAUUCCAUACCACCCAGGUGAUGCCACUCCUGUCGCUAAACUAAUCAAUCGGCAUCUGGGUUUUCCUGUUGAUUGAUCAAAUCAAAUUAACUUCAUAUUGAUAUUAUUAUGUUAUACCCAUUUAUUGAACUCCUCGUACAUCUAUAACGUAAAAAAAAAGACAUUGUAAAAACACAACUCCUACCUCAUGAGAUUCAGACUUUUUUGCUUUUUGACGUUGGAGAGAUUUACAAUCUUGGAUCUUGCUAAAGAACGUUUCUUUAUAUAAAUAUAAGGGCAAACAUGGAAAGAUCUAUUUGUAAAUAUUGUAAUAUUUGUUAUUUUCAGUUUUUCACCAUAUCUAGAUUCUAGAAUCAUCUCUACGUUAGCAUAAGUAAUAUUAGUCUUAGGAGAAUUGAAUCAUUGAGUAUUCUUCAUAUUUUAGUCAUCGCGUUAAGUUUUGAGCAUGUGUCAUCUCUUUUGAGAGCCUUUCUAAUUAGGACUGGGAGAAACAUUUAGUUUCUUUGC